AUGCCGCUCCUCGCAAUCCUAAGCACCCUCGCGCUCCCAGCACUAACACACGCCCUCUCAUGCGCCCUAACCCCCGACUACGAACCCCCCGCCGUCGCCCCAGGCUACACGCUCCAGCUUGUCGUCAAGGGGAUCAACACGCCGCGGCACAUCACGUUCGAUGAUCGUGGGAACCUGCUUGUUGCGGGGGAUAGAUCGGGGAUUAUUGCGUUGGAGUUAGCAGAGGGGCAGGACGGGUGUGUGGAGGUGAUGAGGAGGGUGGUGGUGGCGGAGAAUGGCGGGCUGGAUCUGUAUCAUGGGGUGGCGGUGAGUGGUGAUGGGGCGACGAUCUUCGCCUCCUCCACCACCACCGUCCACUCCUUCCCCUACAACUCCACCACCCUCAGCACCCUCCCACCCUCCGCCCUCAUCACAAACCUCACCAACCCAGGCCAUAUCACCCGCACCCUCUACACCCCCCACACACACCCAAACACGCUCCUCGUCUCCCGGGGCUCCGCAUCCAACAUCGAUGCCGGCUCCGGCGACAUCACCACCGGCCGCUCCCAGCUAAAGGCCUUUAGCACUCUCACCACCAACCAGGACUUCACCACGUCCGGCACCCUGCUCGGCUGGGGCCUGCGCAACAGUGUCGGCGUCGCGCAGGAUAACGUCGGCGGCGUAUGGUCGGUGGAGAACGCGCCGGAUAGUAUUGUGCUGGAGGGGGUGGACGUAAAUGAGAGAAAUCCGGCGGAGGAGCUGAAUUAUCAUGGGCUGCUAUCGACGGCGCUGGAAACGCCAAAUUAUGUUGGGCCUAGCUACGGCUACCCCACCUGCCUCACAGUCUGGGACCCCACCGUCCUCCCCGCUCCCUACAACGCCCUCUCUGUCGGCGCCCCCCUCCCCCUCCCCCCCGUCACCACAUGCAGCAACACUACCGCCGCUGUCCUACCAUUCGACGCCCACACCGCCCCCCUCGACAUCAAAUUCCACCCGACGCUCCCGGGCGCCUUCGUCACCUUCCACGGCUCCUCGGCGCGCAAGGAGCCUGCGGGGUACAAAGUGUCGUGGCUGCCGUUCGCGGGAGGCACGCCGACGGGGGAGGUGCUGGAUGUGGUGUGGACAAAGAACCGCACGGGCUGUCCGGGGGCGUGUCUUAGGCCCGUGGGGCUAGCGGUGGAUAAAAGAGGAAGGGUCUGGUUUAGUGCGGAUAGGAGCGGGGAGGUGUGGGUGAUUACGGUGCUGGGGGUGAAUGGGACGGAGACGGGCGGGGCGAAUGGGACGGAGACGAGUGGUGGUGGCGGGGGAACUGGGGCGAAUGAGACUGGAGAGACUGGGACGAGUGGGGGUGGGGAAGCUGGGGGGUCGGGGUCGGGAUCGGGGUCGGGGUCGGGAUCGGGGCAGGAGUCGGCGGCGGCGGGGAGGGCGAGCUGGAGUGCGGUGGGGGUGGUGGGGGUGGCUGUUUGCGCCUUUUUGGCUAUGGCUUAG